GUUGAACCGCUCGUGGCAAUUGAUUUGGAUUCACUUUGCGUACACAAACUGAGGCCUAGUUUUUGAAGUAAGACACCAAAGCAUUCUCAACGAGGAGCAUCAACCAUGUCGUACAAAUCCGAAUACCCUGCCGGCGUCCACGUCGACCCCGAGAUCAAGUCCUUUUUCGAGAACUUCUACGCCAUCUCAGACACUCCUGGCGACCACGACAAGUACGUCGACCAGUUCACGCCCGAUGCGACAUUUGUGCUCGCCUCGAACAAGUCUACCGGCCAUGAGCAGAUCAAGCAGAUGAGACUCGGCAUGUGGGCCAAUGUGACGUCUCGCAAGCACACAAUCCCCAAGAUCGCACCACUCAGUGACACCGAGUUGCUUCUCUACGGGACAGUGGCGUUUGAGCUCAAGUCAGGCGACAAGGCCGCAUUGGACUGGGCUGGACGGGCUGAGAUCGAGAAGAGCAGUGGCGAUGGCAAGUGGCGAUUCAAGUUCUAUCAGGUAUACCUCGACACGGGCGCAUUGAAUGCAUACAAGAAGUAGGAUGGGGAUUUAUAUUUAGAGUGAAUGGGCAAAAUCGACAAUGAGCUGACCGACUUGCUCUGGUGCCUCGAUGAC